AAGUGUCAAUGUAAUUUUUGAUGUUUACAUUGCUCGACUUUCCUAUCGUGUUUUUGCAUUUAUAUUUUUGAAUUAAAAUUACAUUAUUAGUCUUAGUAAUAAAACCGCAAUGAAUUUUGGUGGAACACUACGAGUAAAUAAAUUCGCGUGUUUUACAUUGGUGUUUAUAUUAUUUCUUAUUAUUUAUUGGCGCGCUGGUGGUUCUAAUUAUCCAUCUGAUAAAAGUGAUCUUAUUAACUUAAAAACUUUACUAAAAGCUUCAAUUCGUGCUGCAGAGAUAGGUGGAAAGAAAGUAAUAGACGGUAAAAAUCACGAGUUAAAUGUUAAAAGUAAAGGUAAAACACAGGAAGGUGCUAACGAUCCCGUUACUGAUGCAGACUACGCAUCGCAUUGUGCUAUGUUCUACAGCUUAAAAAAUACCUUCCCUAAACUGAGCAUUGUGUCAGAAGAACAUUCUAAAGGAGAUUCGAGAUGUGAACAACAAGAGGUUCUUGAAACAGAAUCUCAAUUGUUUGAACACAAAAUUAUUGAUUAUAUGAAUGAUGAGUAUGUUCUUGCUAAAGAUGUAACAAUUUGGAUUGAUCCUUUGGAUGCAACUCAAGAAUAUACAGAAUCUUUAUAUCAAUAUGUGACAACAAUGGUAUGUGUUGCUAUACAUGGUGUUCCAAUAAUUGGGGUGAUACACUAUCCAUUCCCACCAACAACUUAUUGGGGUUGGCAUACUAAGAAGACAUCCAACAAUAUUGCAAAUGUGCCUCAUCAAGAAGAAAAUAAAGAGCAUCCCCGGGUGGUAGUAUCAAGAUCUCAUCCUGGUAAGGUAGCAGAAAUUGCUAAAGAGGCAUUUGGGGCAAACACUAUUGUGACCCCUGCUGCUGGUGCUGGAUUCAAGGUGAUGGGAGUUGUAAAUGGUACAUAUGAUGUUUAUCUUCACGCUACUGCUAUUAAGAAAUGGGACCUCUGUGCCGGUAAUGCAAUUAUUAUGGCUGUCGAUGGAAUGAUGACUACAGUAAAAGGUGAAAAUAUUGACUAUUCAACUGAUAGCAAUGUGAAAGUUACAGAUGGUAUAAUUGUAACACGAUAUGAUCAUGACUAUUAUCUCAGCAAAAUGCCAAAGAUAUUGUCUGCAUUGCCUUAAAUGUGCCAAGUGUUAUGGGAGAAAGAGAGGCAUGUUAGUUUCUUGAGUGUUUUUAUUUGUUAUUUUACUGUUGACAGACAAAAUCAAUGGUUGUUUGAAAGGAUUUGUGCAAUAAUACUAAAUCAAAAAUGGAAAAAAUAUCUAUUGAUUAUUAAUUAUUUGAUAAUUCUUAUUCAUGUCUGUGAAAAUAUUAACUAUUGCUCAAAAUACAAGUGCUGAUGCUUACAUUAGUAAUUAAACCCUAUUAAAUUGAUAAGUGCUUUGUUUACUUACAUAGAUUCUGUUUAUUAUUAUUUUGUAACUUAUUUUCAUUUUGAAAAGAGAAACAACUAUGAGAAACUAUUACAGUAAUUUAAAAAUAUUGAAAGU